GUUGGUCACAUAGUGACGUCAUUUGUGCAAAAAUGGCGGAAGAUAGUCUGAAUGUUGAUAGCAUCAUUUCUAGACUUUUAGAAGGUAUUAAACGAUUUUUUAUUAUUAAUAAAGUCCUCUUUAAUUCACAUAUUUGAGCACUAUUGAAUAGUGUAACUUUUCGUUGAAUCGCUUGAGUUCUUACUGAAUUUGAAAACAUUAGCGUUGUUACCAACACGGAAAAUGGCGAUCGAACAUUUUUCGUUCUUUUUCGAAUUCUCUUCGCGCGAAUUAGCUUUAAAUAAGGAUUUUGACACGUUUUGCAUAAAUGAAUUCCCAACAGUCAGAGGUUCCAGACCUGGAAAACAAGUUCAGAUGACAGAAUCUGAAAUUCGAGCAUUAUGUCUAAAGUCGAGAGAAAUUUUUCUAAGUCAGCCUAUACUUCUCGAACUCGAAGCACCGUUAAAAAUAUGUGGUGAUAUUCACGGUCAGUAUACGGACCUGCUACGCCUUUUUGAAUAUGGCGGCUUCCCACCAGAGGCUAACUACCUCUUCCUAGGAGAUUAUGUCGACAGAGGAAAACAAUCACUCGAAACAAUCUGUCUCUUACUAGCGUAUAAAAUCAAAUAUCCAGAAAACUUUUUUCUACUUAGAGGAAAUCACGAGUGCGCUAGUAUUAAUAGAAUAUACGGUUUUUACGACGAAUGUAAACGAAGAUACAACAUAAAACUAUGGAAAACAUUCACAGACUGCUUUAAUUGCUUACCAAUCGCCGCUAUUGUCGAUGAGAAAAUUUUCUGCUGUCAUGGAGGCCUAUCACCCGAUUUACAGUCGAUGGAACAGAUCCGUCGUAUUAUGCGACCAACUGAUGUUCCCGAUACUGGCCUACUUUGCGAUUUACUAUGGUCUGAUCCAGAUAAAGAAGUUCAGGGCUGGGGGGAAAAUGAUAGGGGGGUCUCUUUUACCUUUGGAGCCGACGUAGUUAGCAAAUUUUUGAACAGACACGAUAUGGAUUUGAUUUGCAGAGCACAUCAGGUUGUAGAGGACGGUUACGAAUUUUUCGCCAAACGCCAGUUGGUCACACUUUUUUCUGCUCCCAACUACUGCGGUGAGUUCGACAAUGCUGGAGGAAUGAUGUCCGUAGACGAGACUUUAAUGUGCUCAUUCCAAAUCUUGAAACCUUCUGAGAAAAAGACGAAGUAUCAAUAUGGCGGAAUGAAUAGCGGCAGACCUGUAACUCCACCCCGUGGUGGUCCAAAGAAGAAAUAA